AUGGAGGAAGAGAACAAGAAGCGGUUUGUGCUCGUCCAUGGGCUCUGCCACGGUGCGUGGUGUUGGUACAAAGUGAAAACGCAGCUAGAGGCUGCAGGGCACUCUGUGACCGCGGUGGAUCUAGCAGCAUCGGGUAUAGACAUGACAAGAUUGGAAGAGAUUGAGACUUUGAAGGAUUACUGCAAACCGUUGCUUGAGUUUCUGAGCUCGCUUGGCUCAGAUGACGAGAAAGUGAUUCUUGUUGCUCAUAGCAUGGGAGGGAUAUCAGCUGCUCUUGCUGCUGACAUCUUCCCUUGGAAGAUAGCUGCGAUUAUCUUCUUGACUGCUUUCAUGCCUGACACAAGAAACCCACCUUCUUAUGUUUUUGAAAAGUGGUACAGUAGCAUUCCACCAGAAGUAUGGUUGGAUACUCUGUUUGGGAGGUACGGUGAACCUGAUUAUUCUCUAGAGUUUGCUCUUUUGGGACAAAAGUUCUUGGCCAAUUAUGCAUAUCAACUCUCUCCAGUCCAAGAUCUUGUAUUGGCGAAGAUGAUGAUGAGGGUAAACCCGAUAGUUACGAUCAAUCUGGCAGGGACAAGAAGCUUCAGUGAGGAAGGAUAUGGAUCCGUUAAACGUAUAUAUAUUGUAUGUGGACAGGAUCUUGUGGAACCUGAAGAUUACCAGCGUUGGAUGAUCAAGAACUUUCCAGUGAACGAAGUGAUGGAGAUCAAAGAUGCAGAUCAUAUGGCAAUGUUCUCCAAGCCUCGAGAACUCGGUGAUCUUCUCUUGGAAAUUUCAGAUAGAUAUGCAUAA